AUGGAGACCGUCAAGAACACCGUCAACUACGUUGCCGAGUCCAUCCAGGGUACCGGCGCUGAGGCUUCCAAGGAGGCCAACAAGCAGACCGCCAAGGACUCCAACGCCAGCAUCGGCACCCGUGCCAACGCCGCCGUGGAUGCCCUCAGUGACAAGAAGGACGAGCACGCCCACAACACCAAGGCUGAUGUCCACAAGGAGGCUGCCAAGCACUAA